AUGAAAGUUUCUAAUCGUUCAGCUAUUUUGGCUACCUGUACGGCCUACGUUAAUAAAAUAAGAUGGCAUAAUAUCACCAUAAUUGUAUUAUCAGCAAUAGAAAUAUUGGGAUUUAUGGGUGCAGAAGGUGGUUUAAUUUAUUUUUUUACUACUUUCCCAGCUUUCUUUUACGCAUGGGCAGCAAAUGAAGAAUUAAACGGUCAAAAAAUUACCAAUUUUGAUGUUGGAAAGUAUAGUUAUGGCCUUAUUCUCAUUGCAGCGUCAUUGGGAAGUAUAGGUGAGAUGGCCCGAGAGACAAUUGUUAUAUUAGGUGGCCGCCCAAUAGCAAAUCAAUUCAUACUUCCAAACCUAUGUGAUAAACUUUUAAGGGAACGUACUAUCCUUUGUAAAGACACUAAACCAAUCGCAAAACUAACUGGUUAUAAAUGGUAUCUUAAUUUAAUUUGGAGAUGUUUUAAAAGUGUAUAUGGUACAAUAAUAGUAGCACUGAUAUUUCACAUACUUGGUUUGUCAAAAAUUGGUCGUUUAGAGAAUCUCUCAUCCUAUUGGGGAAAAAUCUUAGAAAAGGGGUCAACUCUUAUUGGAAAUUGA